GCUCAAAAGUGUUUUGUGAGAGGGAAAGAGAGGAAGCAUGAGGAGCGGAAUGUUGCUGGUGCAGCGAACGCAACAGAAACAUCAAAAUCUCUGAAGGCUUUACUAUUACCUACGCCUACGCCUGCUGUCUCUUACACCUAGACGAGGAGACGGUUUAAUGAAGCCCACAUCGAUCAAUAAAAAAUGGGUGUCUUCGUCUUUUCUGUUUCGCGCAACGCCUUGCUCAACUGCGGCGCAUCGCUCCUGCUUGCGAAAGCCCUCACCAGCGUGGAGGUAUGUCAUCUCUACUCGGUAUGUCAUCUCUACAAAAGUACACAUCAUGUAGAACAAGUAAAAGCACUCUUCCAAAAUCCAAGAUCGAGAGUAAGAGGUGCAAGAUCCUUGUUUCUAUAUAAUGAACGCUUAAGCGAAUACAACGAUUUUAUUUUAGUCCAUCACGACCAUCUGAGAUGGUCCAUGUUCAUCGAUUCCAUACCCAUACUAAGACGAUUACAACAAGAUAAAACAGGAAACCGGUUUCCAUUGGCAGAUCACGCUGGGCUUGGUCCAUUUUGCAGCGUCAUGGGUCCUCUUCUCCAUUCCUUAUGGAAGUGGUGGGGAAAACACUGGUGGGAGUUCAUCUAGAAGUCCGUCGCGCAGAACCACGACUCGCCAAGCACCAGGAACACAAACUUCUUGGUUCUCAUGGUGCUGCUCUUGUUGUUGGAGUAUUCUAUGCUGCUGUUCUUGUGGGCGACGGUUCUCUUCACCUUCGAACUCUAAAUCGGCGUCAGGCGGCGGAGGGUCGUUCAUCGAGCGACUUUUGCCGCAACAUGCGCCGAAGCAUUUGCCCUUGCAAGAAAUCUUCCUCUUCAGCCUCGUACAAGCGGUUUCGGUGCCAGUCCGGCUCAGUUCUUUAGCCUUGAAUCACUUUCUAGUGGAUCAGCUCUGCGGGCUCCUGGUGACGCCGCUGACGAUCUUUCUGCAGGCAGUUUUUUAUCACAGUAUGAAAAGAAGCCAAGGACUACUAUCCUCGUUAUAAUACUACGUCGGAUAGAAGAUCUGAUCAUUCUGACUCUGUCUCUGAGUUGAUCAAAACUAUACUACAGGAGCUCUAGUAGGGGUUCGUGUUGAGGGUAAGAGUAAGUAAGGGCUUAUUUGGUUAAGCUCCUAUUUAGUUUCUGAUUCGCCAACAAAAAAUCGUACAACUACAUUUUUUUAGAGUACUAGUGCUUCGUAAUAUCCUUCGCAUGUUUCGCUCAUUUGGAGGGACGUGUACCUCGAGUGCCGAAGCGCGGAUGUGAUCCAAAAUGCGAACGAUGAGGAGCUGGAUUCUGUUCUAGUAGAGGAUGAGGACAGUGACAUAGACAUUGUCAUAAUUGAAAAAAGCGCAGAUCAUGGAGCAGAUGAAUAUGAAAGAAAUGAAGACGGAGAGGAAGUAGAUGUAGAGGAAUGCACGAGGUCGAAGAACAGGCAUCUUCAUGGUCAGCAUGGACCCCAUCAUGUGAACAAGAAUAGUGCGAAGAUGAAUGUUCAAAACCCGCUUGCCGCUUACUCGUGUCUCUCUCGUUCUGGACUGUAUUUCGCGUACGUAGUGAUACCUGGAACGAUAGAUCUUGCUGUGGGCACAGUCUGCGGAUUGAUCCUUUCCUUAAGGCUCAUGAUAACUCAUCUCUGCGGAGUACUGCCACUGGCCUCAGUUUUCUUCUUGGACUCUGACGAGGCUACGCGCAGUGACUGAAGGCGGGCUCUAAUUUGCGUGUACACUGUGGGUUGCUGCGCGUUCUACACGGUGACGCUGCCAGCACUAUUGGGCUUUCGCUUGGCACAUUGCCUGCUUGCAUGUCUCUGGCGCGUUGCAACAUGCUGCUGCGGUCGCCGGACAGCCGAUAAACUUCACGCUUCUGGUCAGCGCGAGCUGCGGAAGUAUUCCCGCGGAGCACAACGGCGUAACAGAAUGAAGAAGGAGAAAGUCGAGGAUGAAGAUUAUGCUUUCUGUUUCUUGAAUUACAAUGAAAAGAAGAGCUUCAAAACGAAAACCUUUCGAAAUUCUCUGAGAAGUCUGACUGCGAAGAGGUUGGUUGAUGUCCCAAGAACGUUGGAUGUCCCAAGAAUGUUUGUGCUGGCAAGCAAAAAUUUCUCCAUAGAUAGAAGAAACAUCUCUAGAUCUUCGUUCAUACCACAGAAAUGGAUUACGAACAGGCUGGAAGCGAGGACAGCAGAUCUGGAGAUGAGGACGCAAGUGAAGGCUCUGGAGCUGAAGAGGGUGGUGGAUCCACCACACCAGCUAGUGGGCGAGCAACGACGACUCGCAAGACGAAAAGCGUCGAUAUUGAGAUGGGCCUGAUGAAAUCAGAUGGUAGUUCUCCCACCAAGGGACAGAACGACCAAAGCCGCCCAUCAAGGCGGGAUCGCUCUUCUUCGCCAAAGAACAACAGUCCGAAGGCAUCCGCUGGCGCUACUUCAUCUUCUACGUACUACAACUAUAGAACAAGAUGGCCUCUCUCAAUGUUUUUUGGCAAAGAAAAACAACGCUACGAACAGGUUUCGGCAGGUGGGGAUAUCGAUAUGGAUGAAGAUCAUGACGUGAAUCUCGAUGACGUGGUUCAUCCAAGUGGAGACACUGUUCAUCCAAGUGGAGACACGGCCGCAUCCACAAGCCCUCGAUCCCCAAGAAGUGCAAGGACUAGGAGAGACGCGCACCAGAGUUGUAUGGGGGAAAACAGCAAAUCUUCACAUCAACAGCAGCCAAAACUUUGGCCUGCCUCUAGAUGGGAAUGCAUGGCACUUGCGUUGAUCUGCAUCGGGCACGGUAUGUCGCUUUCGCCAAAUGCACCUGCCGCAGUAGGAUCCUUUCUACGCGCAGAGAACGUGGACGAGCUAAAAAUGGCUUUGCUGGGAGGCACGACUACAUCUGCAUCUUCCAGUACAACAUCCUCAAGUAGAGGUCGCGAUGGUAAAGAUCAACACUCUGAAACUGCAGAUCAUGGAGUUGUGCCUUCUUCGUCCGUUGUAGCACAGCCGACAUUGGCCUCGAGAUCGGAUCCGACCGUCGUUGCCGAACUAGGCGCCGCAUCGCAACAUCCGGUAUUGCUCGGGCCGUUGCUAGGCGCAAGUAGCACGCUCUUAGCAGCACUACAGCAGGUUUGGGUGUGGCGGGCCGUGCAACGACCGCGGCAGAGCGCAAAAGCUACACCUGCGCAGCUUGUGCAGAAUAGUUCACGAGUCAGCUUCUGGAUGUUGCUUGUGCUGUGGCCACUGUCGGAAUCCGAUAUCAUGCCACAAGCAGGCUGGCUCGCAACGCAUCACACCACCGACGAAAUCUACACGGCAACAAAACGACAAUACGAAACGGUCAAGGCUCAGAUACCUCGAUCUUCAGAGGAAUGGCAGUUAUGCAUAGGAGAGGAAGACGACUUCACUUAAUUUUACUCUUCAGACCACAUUGUUUUCAAGGUCCAUCUCAACAAGUUGGAGGUCUUGGAAUACUAGAUGAUUUGGUAUUGGAAGUGGAAGAACUUCUCAAGUAAUGUAUAAAAGAAGAAAGUUUGUUGACCCAUUUAUUCUGGAACAUUCAAAAAACGCGUGAGCAUCUUGUUCCCGCUUCUAUCUUUCAUUGUGCCAGACGUACCAGAAAUCGAAAGAGUAUCUUGGUAAGGUACGUGACCGGAGCGCCGACUACUGGGUUGGAGUCACAGACUACAGUGCGCAGAAGUAUGCGACCGCAAAGCAGCUGGUGAACGAACUCUAUGACGAAUCAGGGCAAGCAGCCACUCGUUGGCGCAGUAGUUUCCAGCAAGGCUGGCAAUCUGUCAUCGGAAGCGAUGCAGAUAAGCAGAAAAUGUCUCCACCAUCCCCACCACGACGUAGAAGGCUAGAAGAGGUUACAACUGCGGACGAAAUGCCUCCUCCAUCCCCACCACGACGUAGAAGGCUAGAGGAUACAACUGCGGGCGACAAAGUUACAGGUCGCGACGGGGAUCAUGACGAGAAGAAAGAGCAGGAGAGCAAGGUGGUGGAGAAGCAGAUGGACAGGGAGGAGGAUGAAAUAAAGCAGAAGAUGGAACAAGUGGAUGUGGAGCACGGAGGUCAGGAAAAAGUAGACCAAGAAGACGCUCCAGUGGAGACAGGAAAGCUUCGGAGAUUGUCGACCGAAGAAGAAGAUUCCAUUACAGAACAUCCGCAUAUAGCUCUCGGAACAUCAGAGGACAAACAGGUCUCAGAAACGAGCAUCUUGAGUAAGGACAAGGUGAUCAACUCAUCGAAAACACCUUCAUCGGCCAGCACAAGUGCGUCGUCGACCAAAUGGUAUUUGCUCUACAACCCGCCAGAGUGGCUUACGACUUCAAUGCUGAGUGCAAUACUGGCCUCAGCGCUAGCAGCAGUAGCGACACAAUGGUCGACAUUCGCCGUCAUCGCAGGCACUAGUCCUUUAUCGUACCAAGUACUAACUUACGCGCGUAUUGCGUUAACGACAGGGGCCGCAGCUAGCGCAUUGGGGUUGGCGUCUUCUACUCCUAGUGAUUCUGCAUCCUUGAAGCUAGGAGGUGUGCAGGCAACGGAGGGAGGAGUAGGAGGCGUACAGGCGGCAACAGAUGAUGGAGGAAUCUUUUCUGCCUUCUUCGAAUCGCCAUCACUGCUGCUUACAACAAGUGGAGUUUUGUGCUACAUGGCUUUGCGGUGUUGCAGUAAGGAAAGUAAGUGGUUGUAGCAAGUUGCACUUCUCUUUUGUUUGUACUACAUGACUGAGAAACGUGUCGUUGUCGACCCACUGGCACGGAGCGAUCUUCUUCAUGACAAGAAUUGUUGAUCCAUGGAUCGUCCUGACACAAAAUUAUUGACAAGUUCUUACGAGAAGAUUGACACAACGUUAACUGGACCAUCAUCCGUAUCUAAAUCAUGAUGGCGGUUGGGUUAUCAAAAGGAAAAGGAAUUGUGAUACUAACAUCUUUUACUUUUUACUUGAAUUCGGUUUUUUUAGUACGUUUACGUUUUUUACCAAAUAAGAAAGUCUCAUUGAGUGUUAAAACUCACGGUCAUGUGAAGUUCAUGAAGACAUCUGUCCAACCAUGCACCUGCAACGACAAGGAGGCAGCCAGAG